AUGUCGUAUCUGCCAGCCAUCAAUACCCUCUGGGACCAUGCAUCUCAUCCUUCCAAGCGGGCGUGGUCUCGAUCGCCGUCCCCGGAACCCGCGCAACACGACGCAAACGCGCAAGCCGGGCCUAGCACACAACUCGCACCGGCGCGGCAGGCUGCCGUGCAGCGCCGACUCGUCCGCCAAUCCACACGAGGCGACCACCUGCCCAUGCGCACGCGAAGCGCCGAGCAAGCGCGCAUGCUGCGAGCGCUCAAGGGCUACCCACCCAUCGGAAGCUCAGCUGACGCUGACCAGCUCAGUGAUCUCGAAGAGUCGAUCGAAGUGGGCAAGUACCAGAUGGUGCGUUUCGGAGAACGCUACAUCGUCCAGAUCGGACGCCGGCGGACGAUGCGCGAAGAAGAGCUGUCGAACGAAGAGGACGAUGGACGGAGAGCAGCCAUGUCCGCUGUCGAUGCAGGCCUGUCGAUCGGUCCUGAGGGUGUUUUGGUGCCGGCGGCGGUGGAAGAUGCAUCGCUGCCAGGGGGAGGUGACGAGGAUAGCGGCGCGGGACCUUUUAUCGGUGGUCAUACGGGACAUGCACAGGCGGAGUUGAAUCAAAGGCAGAUCGCCGAAGCAGAGCGAAGAGCGAGGGACGCCGAAGCAGGCGCGAAUAGGGCAGCAGCAGCCGCUGAAGCGGCACGCAGUCAGGCCGAACGACAAGCCGCUUUCCAGGAGGAGGAGGAUGCUGUGGAUCUCGACGGAGAUGUCGAAGAUCUCGAUGAGGGGGAGGACGACGUUGACUUUGACUAG